AGUACAAGCUACCAUUUGCACGAUGUCUAGCUUGAGAGUAAUUUAAACGGAAAAAUAUAAAAUUCUUGAGGCAUCUUCAAACCUGUAGUUAAAAAUUAUAGCCUCUUAUUCUUCUCCGGAUAUUUACAUCCUUUAUCGGAUAACCAUUCAAUAUAUAUGCAUCUUACUAAGUGAAAUGAGCAGAAUGAAAUAGAUUACUAGAUCAUUUUCGUGAUCAUUGGAGUUUCCUUUGUGAAAAUGCCAAGAAAAAGACCAACAGAAACAUCUUGGGAUAGUGAUGAAGAUGAACUGUUAAAUGAAACCGAUACAUUUAGUUUAACGUCUCGUUCAAAGGAAUUUGAGGAGGAGUUAGAUGAAGAAGCCUUACUUGGUUCAGAUGAAGAAACAGAAAAUGAAGUUUCAGUAGGCAAAGCCCUGUCUGUUAAAGAUACAACCAAAUAUGGAAAACCAAUAGCUACUGUAACAUCUAUGACAAAUGCCAGAAGAAUUUCCCCUAUCAACUGGGACCAAAAAGCUAAUAAAUCUGAUGACUUUGAAUUUGGAGAGACAGCUGAUGAUAUUGAGUUAUAUGCCCCUGAUGAUAGUACUGAUUUUGAUGUUGGGACUUCACAGGACUAUCAGCAAUACACAGAAGAGCCUGCAGUAGAAGAAUCCAUUAAUGAAGAAGCAGAAGAAACAGAGACAACAUUUGAUCAAUCUCAUGUGACUGCAGACACAACUCGUGAUGAAUCUGAUGAAAGUGAAGAUGAAGAGGACACCAGACGGGGUCGCUUUAAAUCAGAAAGACAAGAUAUUGUCACAAGUACAACCAAAACAAAAACUACUAAGCAAGCAGCGACUACAGAUAUUCCAGACAGUCUAGAAAUAUCUGAUGAACAGCAAGCACAAAUUAAUGAGUUCAUGGCUACGAAAGACAGGAAGAAGAGACCUAAUCAACGAGUUCGGCCUUUUCAACAGUACAGACAGAUGCAUCCAAGUCGAAUACAAACUAUUACAUCAACACACAUGCAUCAUCAACCAUCACCACCACCUAUCAUGCAUCCCCCUCCACCGGUAUUUGCAGCUCCACCACAACCAAGGCCCAAAAUUCAUGUGAAUCCUGCAUUUUAUAACAGGGGGAUGCGACCUCCGCCUACAUCCAUGACAUCUGUUCACAAUCAGCCCAUGAUGUUUGAUUCUCCACCAAGAUCUCAAACUCAAUUAUUUCAUCAUGAACCACCUCCACCAAGACAUUAUGAAGAACGCAUCCCUCCUUUGAUGGACUCGUAUAGACCUUCCUAUAACCAGGGUCCACCCCCACAACAUCAUCAUCCACCAGCCCAUCAUCAGUUUGGACAUCAACCAACAUCACAGCCAUAUCCAGGUCCACCUAGAUUUCAGCAACCAUUAGAUUCCAGACCUUUGUAUGGAGGACCGCCACCUCAUGUUAAUUCAGGAAACUUUGGUGGACCUCGCCCACCAUCACAUGAGCAUCCUCCUUACCAUCGUGGACCACCAGGACAAAGCUUUCCACAUGAUCUACCUCCAAGACAUGACGAAUUUCAUGGGAAUCAUUUUGAUCGCCAUAGACAUGACAGUCCUGGCCCUAGACAUUUUGAUCAACAUAUACCUAUGGAGCCUCCAAGGCCAAAUCCAUUUUUACAAGAGCAACGGUUCCAGCCUCAACCAAGAAUGCAUCAUCAACCUCCUACAAGAAUGCAUCAACCAAAUCAGCCACGAAUGCAUCAACCAGUACAGCCACGAAUGCUUCAUCAACCUAGAAAUAAUAUUAGACCACAAAGACAAUCUUUAAUGAGUGGACAUAGACCUUUGAAUGGACAACAAACUCCUAAUAACAGAUUUCAAGGACCUAGACCAUCAUUGCAACAACAGGCCGGUAAUAAAGUUUUGCAGAAAGCAAAGGAAGCUAGAAUGAAGAAAUUUGGAGCUAUUCAGAAUAUACCAGUCAUUGGUCGCCAAACAACAAAAAGACCUUCAUCAGAGGAAGAGAGCUCAUCACCACCGAAGCAGCUUAAAUCUGGACCAGCAAUGAAAGUUGAAGACGAUUAUUUGAAAAAGAUAGAAGCUCAGAAGGAAAUAAGGGCAAACAUUCAAAGACAAAAAGAACAGAAAAGGCAGCAAGCAGCAACCAAGAGAAGGAAAGAGCUUGAAGAAAAACUAGCCAAACAAGGGAAAGAUAUAUCAGAGUUAGAAAGUGCUGAUUCUGAGUCCUCCGACAGUACACAACAUUCAACAUCACAGAUCAGUAGUGGCAAUGUUAAUAGAGGUCAAACUGUUAGACAGCCUGGUCAACCAUUGAAUAGGGGACAAGGUCAAAGAGGCCAUCCUGCAAACAGAGGUCAGGUUCAGUCAGCACAACCAGCCAACCAAGGUCAAUUUGCAAGAGGUCAUCCUGUAGGACGAGGUCAGAGAGGACAUCAGCAAAGAGGUUUUCCUCCAAACAGAGGUCAAGGCCAGCAGCACCAAACUAUUGAAGGUGAAAGUUUUCAGGGUAAUGGGAGAGGAAGAGGUGUACAGAGAGGUAGAGGACAGUUAGUAAAUAAUACAGGAAGGGGUGGACAAUUUUUAAGACCAGGUCAGACAAUGGAAAUACAUGGCAGUGGACCAGUAACUGUUUUGAAAUCAUUCAAAGUUACAAAUGUCAAUGAAAAAGGAGACAAACCUGAAACAAGAGAUAAUAUUGUUGACAGGCGCACUGCUGUGGAGGUUUUAGAAGAUAUAAGACGUCAAAGGCAGGUAAAAGAACAGGAGGAAAGUGGGUUAGGUAAUAGGCAAGUGAAAGUGCCAACUGUGAAAAGAAUGAAAAAAAUUAUAAGGACAAAGCGCAAUGCACAAGGCCAGAUUCUAUCUCAGGAGACUGUUAUGGUUCCUCUCACUGCAGAGGAAGAAGCUGCUGCUGAGGCAAACUUUGCAUCACAAACAUUACCAACUCCUGUCAUGCUCUCACCACAGAAAUCCCCACAGAGAGUUGUUGUGGCUAGUAAUAGGGAGGUAGUACUUGGAGAACAAGGUGGUAGUAAAAGAACAGUUAUAGCUUCAAGCCCACCUGCUGGAAACACUAGUUACCAAGGAGGAGAUUCUAAAAGAACAGUUAGGAUAGACAACUUAUCUUUAUCAACAUCAGAUAACACUAUUAAAUCUUUAUGUGGCUGUGUAGCCCCUUUCCAGGGUUAUCAGAGGGCUGGAAAAUCUGCAUUUAUUGUAUUCAUGGAUGCCAAGAAGGCCUUAGAAUUCAAAAUUAAAUAUAACAGACACAUGCUGGACUUAUCACACAUAUCAGUGGAAUUAAUACCAGACUUGAGACCUCUGAUAUGACAUUACAACUUGGAAGUCAAGAGUAUAAUAAACUUUAUAGAAAUUACAAACGAAAGAAAAAUAAUCAUAUUUCAUAUGAUAUUUUUCUUUGAUUUUUUUUUCACAUGAUUCAUACAGGUAAGAAAUUGUGUUGUUUAAAGAAGAAGAAUCCACAAGUUAGAAUUAUCAAGAUGUCAGCAGUAAACAGGAAGUUUUCUGCAGUGAAUAAAGAUAGAGAUGAAUAGCAGUAAACAGGAAGUUUUGUCUGCAGUGAAUAUACAGAUACAGAUGAAUACAUGUAUUAUAAAAGGAAACUUCAUAGUAAAUGUACAGAUAAAUUUGAAAGGUUUAGGCAGUCAGUUUGCAUAUCAAAAUGGUUGCAGACAACCAAGAUGUAAUUUGAAUGAUUGUACUGAUACUGAUAUUAAGUAACAUCAGCUGAAACAAAAUCUUCAGCAAUAAAUGCAGAUAUUCAAACGAUUGUUUAUAUGUGUUCACUGUAACCUCUGUAACAGGUACAUAGAACUUGAAGAUGUAAAUGUAUAAUUUUAUUAAUUAUUUAUCUGGCAAUUACGGUAAGGAAUAUAUUUUUGUCAUUCCUAACCUACUAUGUAGAAAUAACAUAAAAGUUUUAUGUUGUUUUAUGAGGUGCAUUUGUUUGUUAUCCAGAGCAUUGGAUAUCUGAUAUUUUGUUAGCUUUCAGACAAAGCUAUUUAUUUGUUUUUGCAUCAGCAUCUGUCAUAUAUUUCAUAUACUUUUAUGUAAUAUAUAAGCAAAAAAAUCAGAUGCAUUUUUUUAAUAAAUAUCCAUGAUACAAGUAUAAGAAUGUUAAAUAUAACGACAUAUCUCACUGAAUCAUAGUAAGGACUUUCCCUCUGAAACCUAACUAUUGGUCACUUUCAAAAACAUUUACCAAGCACAGUGAAAGAUGAAUUUAUAACAUUUAAUAAUCAACAUAGAGUUUGGGCGUAUGAUGAAGUAUGGAAUUAUGAAAUACAGAUGGUGAUUGACCAAUGAAAUUACAACCAUGAUGAUCAGAUUGAAUAACAUUGAAAGUGCCUAGUACAUUUUACAUGAAACAGUAAUUAUGAAGAACGCAUAUUUGUGCAAAACAUUAAAUAUUGAUUUAAUUGGAUAAGAAGAAAAUUUUGGAUUGUAUAACCGUACUUCGUCAACUAUAAACAACUCAAAGAUAUUUAUGAAUGCAUUAAAUGAGCUGGUUAUGACAACAGUUGAUAUAAUUGGACAACAUAGUUAAUGCUUACAUUCUUGGAAAUAUUUAGAAGAUGUAAUUUUACUAUCCUAUUUUUCAUGUUAAAUCAGCAUAUUUGAUUAGAUGAAACCAACGACAAACCAUUCUUUGAAUGAUGAUUUUUUUUGUAUGAAAGUGAUCAAAGUAUUAAGAUGUUGACAUUUCUCUGCUUUCGAUAAUGAAACAUUUUGCAAGAUGAAUUUUUAGUAUGUGGGUUAUGUAAUAUAUGGUGCUUGGUCAUCACGUUUGCAGAGGAAGAAACAAAAAACCAUUUACUGAUUGGAGAACUAGAACUAGGGAAACAUAUUAAUUAGUUUUGUUUGGAGAUGUGGAUGAAAACUAUUGUGUGGAUGCCAUAUCACAAAAGGAUUAACAAAUUUGGACGUGGAUGAAAACUAUUACUGUGUGCCUACUGAGAUAACAAAACAGAUGAUGACCAGAUGUGAUUAAAAAAAAAGACACCGAAAGUGACCAUUGACCCUGUUAAAUUCCUUCCCUCAGAAAACUAAUUUGAUAAUUUCUUUGUCAGGUCAUCACAAGUAAUUGGUUGGAUUGCAAGCAAGUAAAGAUCAUUAUUUAUCUAAUACUUACUUGCCAUAGCUAGGAGUCCCGAGUACAAUGCACACACAUGUAGGUUAAAAAACUGAAAAAGAAUGAAUGCUGCCUUCUGCUCAUAUAUUGAAGUUCCUUAUAAAUGUUGAAAAAAAAUUCAUUUGAUAUUUUACACAAACUGAUGAAGGAUUUUAUGUUGUAUCUGACUAGUCCUCUUGAAUGCACUAAUUUAAUUUCAUGAUCCCAAAAGACUAUUUUUUGUAUAUGUAGUGGUCAUUUUCAUUGAAGUCUAGAUUGUUUGUUUUUUAGAGGACUAAAUUAUUAAAUGAUUGUUUUUUAGCUGCAGUGUAGAGAAAAAUUUAAACAGCUGGGUUGGUUUGUCAUUUCCACUCACCCACUAUGGGCUAGCCAUUCUUGUCCACUCAAAUCAAACCUUUGGUUUUGUAUAAUAUUGAAUACAAAGGACUAAACAUGACUGAAUGAUUAGUUGUUCAGACUUUUGAGAUGAUGUUGAGAUCAAAAAGACAGUUUAAGACUAAUAUUCAUUUAAUAGUGUAAUAUUGUCAGAAUCAUAGAUAGAAUCUUUGUUUUCACCAAUUAAACUGAGAAUACUGCCACUUAUUCCUAGUCAAGUUUGAAAAUAUUAAAACCAAACAUAAUUUUUUCAACAAAGAAUAAUUUCCUUUUUUUAUUGCUCUUAAAAAAAAAAUCCCUUAAAACUUUGAAGAACAAAGUCUAGUAUAUAUUCAUGGUGAUUUCAUUAUCAAUAUAGAGAUGUUGCAAAAAACUCUUAUCAUUAUUCAAUUAAAAUUGAUCAUAUUUCCUCUCCUAUACCACUGUAUCAGACCUUAUUCCUCGUAUGAAAUCCCCUGCAACUUGUAACUCACCAAUAUGAAUGAUGCUAAUACAAAACGGAAAAGACUUUAGGAACUUUGAUGAAUUUAUGAUAUUUAUGAAUUAACUUUUUACAAAACUUUGAAAUAUUCCAAAAACUAAGGAUUUUCUACACCAGAAAUAUCUUCGUUCUUUAUUUGGCCUUUUAACUUUUUGAUUUGAGCGGCACUGAUGAGUCUCUUGUAGACGAAAUGUAUGUCUGGCGUUUUAAAAUUAUAAUCCUGGUAUCUCUUUGAUGACUUUUUUUUUUUUUGACUGAUAUAUAAAAUAAAUUAUUUUCUAUUUAGACAAACUCAGAUUUUCAAUAAAACAAUUACCAACACAUUCUAGAUAUUGUGUCAUGUAAAAUGAAUUUAAUGCAAAAAAGUUCCAUUUAUUUUAUAGUUUUUGCAGGUUGAAAUGAAAGUUCCUUUUAAAUCAAUACUUAUUCAAUAUGGCCAUUUAUCCAAGGUGACUGUCACCGAAAAUAUCCCGUUUUUUUUUUUUACAAGCCCAAUAUAAUUCAACAGCCUGGUGGACCUGUGGCCAAGUGUGUAGACUGCCCAUUGCAUGGAAAAACAGCAUUAGUCCUAUCCUACUUAUUACAGUCAGAAUCAUUGAUGUUUUAAGAUUUCACUUUUUUAAUCUGUUUACAAGAGAUCAUAACAGCAGACAUCAAAACUUACCUGUAUUUGCCCUUGAUGAAUAUUUUAUUACUGUUAAAGUUAACUAUAAAAAUUUUGACUCAGGCGAAGCCAAGGUUGACAAUGUCUUUUCGAGAGGUAACAAUCUGCUCUAUCACCCUCUCAGAUAUGUGUUAUUUAAUUUAUUAUACUGAAUGUUCUGUUAUUACUGUUGAUUAAAUUUCAAAUUCAAAGUAAUAAACUAUGACGUCUUUUACAUAACAACCAUCUGUAUUUGAUAAAGCGCACACUUGAUCAAACGUCUCCGUGAAGGGUAAUAGAGUAUUUGCCAUAGGAUAGAGUCGUAUUUAAUAAAGCGCACACUAGAUCAAGCGUCUCUGUGAAGGGUAAUAGAAUAUUUACCAUAGAAUAGAGUAAAUUAACACCCUCAUAUAAGCCAAUCAAAAUAUUACAUUUUUACGUGAAGUAUAAUAAAUUGAAUUAUAAUAUUGAUUUAGAAAUGCUUGGACAAAAAGUGUCAGAAUAUUUUUUUUAAGUGUGUUGUCUUUUCUAAAUACUGAUGUGUUUAUUCCAUCAGGACUAUACAGAAAAACAGAUGUACGAGAGUGUCUUACACUUUUUCAACACACUGGAUGUCUUUAAUAAUCAAUUUUAGACAUAAUUUAUAAUUUGGGCCAAGACAGAUGCCCCAUAACAUUCAUACUUUAUUCCUUCCUUACAAUGUAUGAAUUCAUUAUAUAAAGUAUCAAUUACCACCACACACCACCCUCACUCCAUCCAAUCCCAGCCCAUCCCAGCCCAGCUGAUUUUAUCUUGAAUAGUCGUGAUAGGAAAAUUAGGUAAAAAUAAACAUCAAUUGUUACAAUAUUUUUGAAAUUAAACAACCUAAAGUUUGAUGUCAGAGAGAAAAUCAAAAUAAUUGAAAAGAUGAAAGCAAAAGAAAAUAUACAGUCACAAAGUUGUUCAGAAAUUUACCGCCAAGAAAAAAAAAAAUUGGAACUCAAAAAGUUACUACUGUAUAAUGUUUUUUGAAAUCUUUUUAAACAUUUGUAAUAGAUUCUUGUUUUGGUUUUAUUUAACUCUAAGGACUCUGUAGACAGUAAAAUGUGAAUUUUCUAAUAUGGCUGGCUGUGUGAUAAAACGCACAUUUUUGUUUUCAUGUUCAUAGCAAGGCAUGGGCAAACAAUCAGUAGAAGGCAGUCAUUUUGAUUAAUCAAUACUUUUUUGAUAAAACAAAGGUAUGAUAAGAAAAAGAACUUUUUGCACAUGUAUUUUAGUUUUUUCCCUGUUGAUCUAAUAAUAUCAUUUUGAAAUAACCAAGCAACUGCUGUCAUUUUCAUUCUAAGUGUAACUGGUUCCUUGAUAAAAAAUUAUUUUUCACACAACUACAAAAAAAGCAGUUUACAGUUUUAACAAGAAGAGAAAAGUAUUUAUUUUUAUAUUUUACCAUGUGAUCUAUAAAAACUACACUUUUUUUUUAUAUAACAACAUUUUACACCACACCUAUUUAAAAAUGCAAACAUUUACAAGAUUAUUUCCCAAACAAAGCUUAAAAGAAUGACUUAGUUUGCAUCCAACCACCCUACAAAAUUGAGACUUGUGAAGAAAUCCCCUCCAGAUUCUUUAUUCUUCAUCUUUGUGAAGUUAAAUUCAAAAUAACUUUGAAAUUUUACUUGAUAAGCUUUUUAAGUUUCUUUUUUUUCAUGUCCCCAAUUUACUUUCAUAUGCAAAUUUAUACAAUUCGGAACAUACUGAACAGUUACUUUACAAUCAUGUAUUAAUUAUCAUUGCUUUAUAUUGGUAAAUAAAUUUAUAUUGGGUUUUGUA